AUGGCACUUGGGGCCUUCGCAUUCUGGCAAACUAUGGACAAAGUCCACGUCUGGAUCGCUCUCCACCAAGACGAAAAGAAAGAGAAACUGGCAAAGGAAGCUGAGAUUAAAAGGAUUAGGGAGGAACUGUUGAGACAGAACCAAGAACGAGGGGAUUCUAUUCUCUGA